CACUGGCGAAGGAAACAUGAUGAGGUCGUGGACGCUCCUGGUGCUGACGGCGGCGCUGAUGGCGGCGUCGGGCGAGAAGCUGGGAAACAUCGAGGUGAUCACGAGAGGCGAGCUCGGCCAGAGUCUCGACCUUCCAGCUGGAGGAAGCAGCCUGGGACUCCCUCUCGCUGGCCCUGUACAAGACGACGUUCCCCCGCCUCUUAGUUACCUGCCUCCGGUCCAGACACCCCUUCCGAUCGAGCCUACCCCAGUGCCCCUACCUACCCCUAUCCAGCCUGAAACCGACUACUUGCCGCCUGUGCCAUCGCCCGUGGGACAGCCUGAGGUCGAAAUACCCACAGGCUUGUAUAACCCGCCCACAGCCUCCGCCCCCGACACAAAUUUCCCCAUCGGAACAGAUUGA